GGAAUAGAGCUGCGCCGCGCAGCCGCCGAGGGAGACGGCCCCGCCUCCUGGGGAGCCGAGGGUCAUGAGCAUGGUGGGCGCAGUGACGGUGGAGAGCCACAUGUCGAUGAAGGACAGGUUGGCCAGGAAGUAGUACAUGGGGGUGUGGAGGUGGGAAUCCACCCGGAUCACCAGCAGGAUGAGGAGGUUCCCCACCACCAGUGGAUUGGAUGUUCCUCAAAUUAUAUAUUCAAAGAGAAAAGAAAUAAAAAGGUAUGAAGAAAUGAAGAAAACUCUGCCUGGAAAACUAGACAUCUCUGACAGAAAAAGAGCAUUUCUUCACUAUUUUCUGAGAUGCUUCUGCCCCAUGUCAGCAAGAAGCAAGACAUUUCCAUUUUUGAGGCUCUGAGAAAAAUGUGCUGCCUGAUAUGAGGAAUCACACUUCCAUCACCGAGUUCAUCCUGUCGGGAAUUCCUAACACUGAAGGGCUGGAGAGCAUGCUCUUUGUCCUGUUUUUGGCCUUCUACCUUGUCACCUUGCUGGGGAACCUGCUCAUCUUCCUCACCAUUCUGGCUUCCUCUAACCUCCACACCCCCAUGUAUUUAUUCCUGGGAAGCCUCUCAGUGUUUGACGUAUUUUUCCCUUCUGUGAGUUCCCCCAAAAUGAUGCGCUGCCUCAUGGGGCAAAACUGUGUCAUCUCUUACCGGGGCUGUGCAUCCCAGCUCUUCUUCUACCACACGCUGGGUGGCACCGAGUGCUUCCUGUACACCGCGAUGGCCUAUGACCACUUUGUGGCUAUUUGCCACCCUUUACGAUAUACAGUUAUCAUGAGCCGCAGGGCAUGUAUUGUCCUGACAUUGAACACUUGGCUGGGGGGCUGUCUACAUGGAACUGUCCUCGUGUUUCUUGUCUUUAAGUUGCCCUACUGUGGCCCCAGUGAGGUGGACAGUUUCUUCUGUAAUAUCCCAGUGGUGCUGCCCCUGGCUUGUGUGGACACCUCUCUGGCCCAAACAGUGAGUUUCACUAACGUGGGUGUUUUGACGCUUCUAUGUCUUUUCCUUAUCCUUGCUUCCUAUAGUCACAUUGUCUUUUCCAUAUUGAAAAUCAGCUCAUCAGAAGGCAGGCGUCGAGCCUUCGCCACGUGCAAUGCCCACCUGACUUCGAUCCUCUUGUUCUAUGGGCCGGUGAUGCUCAUCUAUCUGCGGCCUGCCUCCAGCCCCUGGCUCGACUCCGUUAUUCAGGUGUUGAAUAAUAUCAUCACGCCUUCCCUUAAUCCUUUGAUUUACACCUUGAGAAACAAGGAUGUCAAAUUGACUCUGAAGAAAGUGUUAAUGGAAAUGGUCCACAUUUCUGGAGCAUAAGGUUGAAGUGGGGCCCUAAAGUGAGCUUCCUCCCCUAAAUCUGUAACAAGAGAGUCCCCUUCCCCCACAACCGGUAAUGACUGCAAAGUAAACAUUAAGCCCUGAGAAGGAGGGAGUGAAACUGUGCCGUUUUAGGGAGUGAGAC